UAGCAAUGUAUUUGUUAGCAAUCAACACUAUGUCACGCUAUGUAGGUUACACAACGGAAAGUGUGUUCAAGGUCAUUCGCUUAAACAACACGUAGAGCCAUUUGAUGACAAAUGUUCGUACAGUGGAAAAUUGACAGAAUAAAAACAAAUAACAUUCAAAACUAUUUACAAAACAAGCUUGUAAGGCCUAUCUCCACAACGUUUUCACGUUUUGAUAUGUAUCCAUCAUCACAACGAAACAUCUAUCUUGUAAUUUUUCAGGCAAUCAGAUCACGUUAUUUAACGCCACAACACACUAAAAAGCUCAGGCGGAGUUCCAACUGUAGCGCAACGUUUUUAGAAAAUCACAUGCUGAAGUUUGGAUUAAAUCGAUUAAACUAUGCCGUAUCUUCUGGCCUUGUCAAAAGUCAAAAAAGAAGCAUAUACACAAGGCUACCUUUAAAAUGGUCUACUUCACAUAUUACAUAUAGAGAAGAUCAAGUUCCGAGAAACACAGAUGUGCUAGUUAUCGGUGGAGGUAUCAUGGGUUGGGCAACAGCUUUUUGGCUCCGACGUGAUUCAAAGUUUUCUGUCACUGUAGUUGAGAAGGAUCCUACAUAUAGUCAGUCAGCCACAGUUCUUGGACUAGGAUCUAUACGACAACAAUUUUCAGAACCAGAAAAUAUACAGAUGUCAUUGUUUUCAAUCGGGUUUUUGAGAAAUGUCUCAAAUUAUCUAUCGGUGGAAGAUCCAACAGAAAGCAUAGAUAUUGGUUUCAAUCCUCAAGGUUGUUUAAUGUUAGCAAAUGCUGAGAAUGUGGAUUUGUUAAAAGAGAAUUAUUUAUUACAGAUUGAUCUAGGAGCAAAAGUUGAACUGCUAACUAAAGACGAUCUGUCUGCGCGUUGGCCAUGGAUGAAUGUUGACGAUAUUGAAAUGGGUUGCUACGGUUAUGAAAAUGAAGGAUGGUUUGAUCCUUUUCUUUUACUGAAGGCAUUGAAAAUAAAAUGUCAUUUCAUGGGAGUAAAUUAUGUUGUUGGAGAAGUGACUGACUUCCAUGCUAGUCCAUUCAUUAUGGUAUCUUCUUCUGGUGGGGAGUCACAGAGACCUCCAGUAUUAUGUAAACCUUUACGUUCUGCUACAAUUUCCCUUCCCAACCAAAUGAAUAUUUCUAUUAGUUUUAAUUCAGUAGUAAAUGCAGCAGGUCCAUGGGCGGCACAUGUGGCUGAAUUGGCUGAAAUUGGCAGCGAAAAUCUUCCUUUACGGUUACCAGUUGAGCCAAGAUAUCGUCAAAUUUUCGUUGUGCGACCUAAAAAUACACUUUGUCAUAUGGAAAGUCAUUAUCCAUUACCUGGUUUAGAUAUGCCAUUUAUGAUAGAUCAUAAUCGUUUAUUUAUUGAACGUCGUGAUCUUUCCGGGGAAUUUAUUGUUUAUUCUGAUAAUCCUAAAUUUGAUUCUCUUAAUAAUAAUUGUAAUAAACAAAAUUCGGUGAACCAUGAACUUUUCCAUGAAUAUAUUCAACCGUUAUUGUGUAAACGUAUACCAGGAUUUAAAGAUGCUGAAGUAACUUCAGGUUGGAUAUCCAUAUGUGAUUAUAAUACAUGGGAUCAAAAUUUAAUUAUUGGUUCCCAUCCAUUACAUACGAACAUGUAUUUUUGCAAUGGUUCAAGUGGUCAUGGUACACAGCAUGCUAUAGCAAUUGGAAAAUCAAUUUCUGAAUUGAUUGCCUUUCAACAAUAUAAAACCUUCGAUCUAGUACGUUUCUCAUUUGAUCGUUUAUUUUCUAAUCAAACUGUGAAUGAAGUGAAUUGUUUUUAAGUUUUCUUGUAGUUGUUUAUUCAUCACCUUGUUGAAUUAUUCAAUUUAAAAAAUUUGUAAAUAAAUAUAAAAUUUGUUUGUUUUUUCUUUUUGUUAUGAUCGUCCUGUUCUUCUAUAAACUGAUAUUAGCAUAUUUAUUAUGCAUUGUUAAUUUAGUUAAUUAAUGUAACUCAGAAGUAAACAAGUUCA